UACUAACUUGCGAGCAAGGGAGAGCGCGAGUCACAAUCUGCCCAAGGCGAGGGAGGGCAAGACACACGCGCGAGAGGAGAAACCGACCGUGUAAGGGGGGGAACGAGCGCUCCGCAUCUCCUCGAGCACAAUUAGACUAGUGUUGUUGAACGUGGGCUAUGCGCGCAACAAGGGGGGAGCGCACAGUACAGAGGAGGUGAAUGCAUGUAGAGGCUCAGCUUCAGACUCACAGCCUCCUUCUUGAAGAGUCACUGCGCUCACUGAGGAAACGAGUGAGGGGAGAGAGCAACUCCUAGAAAACAGCAACUCUUGGAGAAAACUACGUGAGUACAAGCUACAGUUUUCCAAACAAAAGAGAGGGGGAAACGGAAGAGUAGACUUUUUCUGGAAGAGAAAAUGAAUGUCAGCGAAGAGAACCUGCUCAAGUCCAUCAGCAACGACGCGCUCCUCGAUCUGACGCAGCGCUACGGCCAAUCAGCCUUCGGCUUCGGCGCUGGCCAUGGUCCUGGAAGCCCCGGCCGGUUCCCGCUCACACCGGCCACUGAUUUCCUCUCUGGGCAGACCACGAAGUCCAACGAGAGCGGCGGGGAGCACACAAGCGACGACGAGGACGGCUUCGACUCGCUGGAAUCCCGGAAGAGGGGGUCACCAUUUGGGGACGACAAGCCCGGGGGGCCUCUUGCCAAGAAGUCCAAAGAGCAGCGAUCCCUGCGGCUGAGCAUCAACGCCAGGGAGAGGAGGAGGAUGCACGACCUGAACGACGCGCUGGACGGCCUUCGCUCCGUUAUCCCAUACGCCCACAGCCCCUCGGUGAGAAAACUCUCCAAAAUAGCCACUCUCCUCCUGGCCAAGAACUAUAUCCUCAUGCAGGCCCAGGCUCUGGAGGAGAUGAGGCGGCUGGUGGCGUAUCUGAACCAGGGACAGACCAUAACCUCACCCAUCCCCACCGCCCUUGCGCCCUUUGGACAGGCUGCCGUCUACCCGUUCUCGGGCUCUGCGCUCGCCACCUGCGCCGAAAAGUGCACCACCUACUCCGGGACACCGUCGACCCUCUUCAAACACUGUAACGACAAGCCUUGAUUCGCUUUUUCUCUCUUUCUUGAACUUUUUAACCUUUAAUGCACCCAUGUUGGUCUCUCUCCCACUCUAGAUCUUUUUAAAUCAUUCUGUCACAAUUAAAACAAGUUUAGUCUGAUGCGUAAUCUUACAGUAAGAAUAAGUACUGCAAUGUGUCCAGAUUUAACAAACUCUACUAAAAGAAAAACAACAGUUUAGGCCUUCUGAUAAGUCACUUUGUCGCUUGAACUUUACAGGCCAUCUCCAAAUUAUCAGUUUAGCUAUCAGCUGUUAUUUGUAAUCUAUGCAACAUUCAACAACACGAAAAGAAGAAACGCCAAGUGGUGCGAUCUCGACUUUCAGAUUUAAUUAUGAAAGGAAUACCCUUGACUGACUACUGAUACUGUGUGGGGCAAAUGUGAUGUUUGGCUGAUGUAUGCAGGCUAAUGAUUUACCGAUGUGUUGACAAGUUUCUUUUUUUAUUUUAAGUUAUUGCACAUCUCACAUGAUUGUAUUGUAAAACUGUGUAAACUCCGGCGAUACUAACAGUUAGGCUAUUUAACUUACAGCCUAUACAUUGAAGAAGCGUUCUGGUUGUGUUGCAACAUGGAUUUCAUAUAUUGUUUAUAUGUCUUUAUAAUUAAAACACAUAUCUAUGCUUGGA